UGAAUCUGGUCUACCACUAUUUGUUUUGAUUCCAAGCAUGUUUCGCUUUGACUUCAAUGCUCUUUCAGUGCAAUGUUAAAAUGUGCUCAUCGAAAAUGGUUUUGCUACAUUUGCUGAUAUAUGCCUGCUCACUCUUGGUACUAGUACAGUCUCAGUCUUGUGCAGAAAAGCCUUGGGAGGUGGUCCAUCGGCAUUUGGCCACCAAAACACCAUACAGACAUUUGGAACAAGAGCGAGAAACACCACCAAUCCGUUUCGAUGGUUGUCAGGUGACCAAAAUCUGGGGUCUGUUUCGACAUGGAACCCGUAAUCCUUCACGGAAAGUUAUCGAACGAAUGAAUAGCGAUUUGGUACAGAUUCGCGAUGAAAUUCUGCUGCAUGCAAGAUUGUGCAGGAAAGAAUUGGCAUUGUUCGAACAGUGGAAACCGCGAUUAGAGCCCGACCAGGAGAAAUUAUUGGUCAAGGAAGGAGCACACGAACUUCUGCAAAUUGGGCGACGUUUUAGACAACGCUUCGGUGAUGACGUGAUACCGAAAAGGUACGAGAAAACACUCUUCAAUAUAAAAUUCACCAAAACAGAGCGGGCGGAAUACAGUGCCCGAAAUUUUAGCUUGGGACUGUUCGGUCAACUAGAGGAUAUCAAUUUUCCUACACCACUAUCGAAAGAUCCGGUUCUGCGGUUUUAUAAGCUCUGUGAGCGAUGGAAGGGUGAUGUUAAGCAUAAUCCAGAGGCCGUACGAGAAGUCGAUUUGUUUUACAAUAGCAAAACAAUGAAAGACGUCAUCGCUAAAAUUUCCAAAAAAGUUGGAACUUUUCUGGAUGCGGAGAGCAUACAUUUGAUGUACCAAACGUGUGCAUUCGAGACGGCUUGGGUCAAGAAACAUGUCUCGCCUUGGUGCAUGUUGUUUGAUAAAGCCACUAUCAAAGCACUCGAGUUUGGGGAAGAUUUGGAGUAUUAUUGGAUCGACGGUUACGGCUACGAGUUAACGUACAAACAGUCCUGCAACGCCUUCCGGGAUUUAUUCCGACGAUUCGACGAGGACUUAGAACCAUUUACAUUCUAUUUCACUCACUCUGGGACACUGCUUAAGUCGUUAGCGUUUUUAGGACUGUAUCGGGAUGAGUUCCCCUUAACGCACCGAGAUUUUGGACAAAAGAGAUUGUGGAAAGUAAGCGAAAUUGACGCGUUCGCGACGAAUCUUGUAUUCAGUAAACUAGAAUGCAAUAACGGCACUCACGUGAUGCUGAUGCACCAGGAGCGGCCUGUGCACAUUCCUGGCUGCCCGAAGGGUAAAGUGUUGUGUGAUUAUAGCCACUUUAAACGAUUAUUCAGCGACAGAAUCGAAAAUUGUGCUUUUGAAGCGAUGUGCUCAAUAGGUGUGCCUAGAAAUGACGAAUUUUGAAAGUAAAUGAUGCCAUAUCAAAGUCUACGAUAGCGAUAUAUAAUAUUUAGCCAUAUUCAGGACAUAGAACUAAUAUUAACUGCUUUUUGAAGGACAAAUAAAACCAAAUCAGUUGCUUAUUUUGAGUAGCUGUAGACAUAAGACAGUGGUACUCUGGAAA